AUGGCAGUUCCAAAAAAACGCACUUCUGCAUCAAAAAAGCGUAUUCGUAAAAAUUUUUGGAAAAAAAAAGGAUAUCGGGCGUCGUUAAAAGCCUUUUCCUUAGGAAAAUCUCUUUCUACCGGGAAUUCAACAAGUUUUUGUGCGACAAAGAAAUAA